UCCAUCUCUCCUCACUCUAGACUGAAGUUGCGGGACAGCUGGGAGCGGGACACUACCUUUUCUGUCUUUCUCUUUCUUCAAGCAAUCUUCAGGCAACCUGUAUGGUGGAUAUAAUAUUCAGCUCUUCUUUUUUGGAUGAUAUGGGGGAUCAUUCCAAAAAGAAGUCUGGACUUGCGAUGUGUGUUGGCUGCGGCAGUCAGAUCCACGACCAGUACAUCCUGCGCGUCUCCCCCGACCUGGAGUGGCACGCAGCCUGUUUAAAAUGUGUGGAGUGCAACCAAUACCUGGACGAGACAUGCACUUGCUUCGUACGGGACGGGAAAACGUAUUGCAAGAGAGAUUAUGUAAGAUUGUUCGGUAUAAAAUGCGCAAAAUGCACUUUGGGCUUCAGCAGCAGUGAUUUGGUCAUGCGAGCUCGGGACAGUGUGUAUCACAUCGAAUGCUUCCGCUGCUCGGUGUGUAGCCGGCAGCUUUUGCCCGGGGAUGAGUUCUCUGUCCGGGACGAGGAACUGUUAUGUCGGGCAGAUCAUGGUCUAGCACUGGAGCGCGGACCAGGCGGCAGCCCACUUAGUCCGGGAAACAUCCACACUAGAGGACUACACAUGGCAGCUGAUCCGGUGUCGGUCCGACAAACUCCUCAUCGGAACCACGCGCACAAGCAAUCGGAGAAGACCACUCGGGUGAGGACGGUGCUGAACGAAAAGCAGCUCCAUACUUUACGGACGUGCUACAACGCAAACCCGCGACCAGAUGCGCUCAUGAAGGAGCAGCUGGUGGAGAUGACAGGCCUGAGCCCGCGGGUCAUUCGAGUCUGGUUCCAAAACAAGCGCUGCAAGGAUAAGAAGAGAUCCAUACUAAUGAAACAGUUACAGCAGCAGCAUGGCGAUAAGACGAAUCUGCAGGGUAUGACGGGCACUGCGCUGGUUGCAGGCAGCCCAAUAAGACACAACCCUUCAGUGCCAGGACACCCGGUGGAUGUGCAGGCUUACCAACCACCAUGGAAAGCGCUCAGCGAAUUUGCACUUCAGAGUGACUUAGAUCAACCUGCCUUUCAACAGCUGGUCUCUUUCUCGGAAUCCGGUUCUUUGGGAAACUCAUCGGGCAGCGACGUGACCUCUCUCUCUUCACAGCUACCGGACACACCGAACAGUAUGGUACCGAGCCCGGUGGAGACGUGAGAGCGACUGCUCGUCUGUUCCCUGGUAAAUCCCGAGAGCAGCUCGUAUCACGGACGCGGGAAAUUCCCUCCGCAUCACCGGACAGCGCUUUAUAAAACAACAUGCACUAUAGGAACAGAGGAUCCCGUUCUUCCUAAAAAAAUACGUCACCAAAUCCGCGCUGGUCCCGGGAGUCAAAUGAUGGAAAGUGAAGCUUACACUAAAUGCGGGGCAAUGUUCACACGAAAUGGAUAUUCGUUAUUCGUUAUGAUUGUAUCUGUGGUUUUUGGACUUUCUGUUUUUCUGGAAACAUAUCUUUUCUAAAGACUCGAUUUCAGAAGAUGGGAUUUUUUUUUGUUGUUGUGAAAUUUAAUGGCAGACAAUUGUCAUUGAACAAAGUUAAGUUAUUGUUAUUUAUUGUCACAUGAAUUCGCAAAAAAUAAACAAAU